AUGGCCCGCACCUCCAGCAUGGCCAGUAACGGGCACGAGCGCCUGGAGCCACGACUGGUCCGGGCCGCCGAGAACAACGACCUCGAGUCCCUUCGCAAGGUCAUCGCACUAGCGCGCGAACAUGACCAGUUCAGUGACAACUUCCUGCGUGUAGGUCUCAUGCGCAGCGCCGAGCGGGGCUGCGUCGCUGCGACUGAGUUCCUUCUCCAGCUCGGCGCGAAGACAGAUGUAUCGGGCGGCCGGACAUCGCCGCUGCUUCGCGCCGUCGACCGCGACCACUACCAGAUCGUACGCCUACUGCUGGACCACCGCGCUUCGCUGGAUACUACAGACAAGGAUGGGCGCACGGCACUGAUGACGGCGGCGUGGAAGAACCAUGCGGACGUGCUGCAGCUAUUGAUUAUGCGCGGCGCGAAUGUAAAUGCGAGGGAUCAUCGGAAGCGUAAUGCGCUGCAUAAUCUGGCGGCGGAUAAGGAGUGUCUGUGGGGGUGGGGUGAUGAGAUUGUUAUGUUGUUGUUGAAGACGGAUUGUUGCAUUGAGGGGAUUGAUGGGCAGGACGAGCUGGGGAGGACGCCGUUGCAUUGGGCUUGCGCGUCGGGGAAUUGGAGGCUUGCGGAGCUGCUCUUGACGAGGUCUGAUGGGCCUAAGGCAGAGAUUGAUGCUGUCGAGUUGAGAGGGAAGACCGCGUUGCAUAUUGCGACGGCGCAUGAUCGAGCCGACAUUGUGCAGCUGCUUUUGCAGCACGACGCUGCGGUGAAUGCCUGCAGUGAUGGUGGAUGGACGCCGCUCCAUAAUGCCUGUGAACGCGGCUGCGCGGCGAUUGUGCGCAUUUUACUUCGUGCUGGCGCGCAUAUCAAUAGCCAGCUCUUGAAUGGAGUGACGCCUCUGCAUCUUGCGGCGCAAGGCGGCCAUACGGAGGUUGUCGAGUGUUUGCUGGAGCGGCCGGACUUGAAGCGCCGCGUUCGGGACAACUUCGGUAGCACCCCUUUCUUGCGUGCGGCUCAAUUCAAGCGGAAAGAUAUUGUUCUGCUCCUGGCCCCAUUCAACAAUGUUGAAUCUCUGUCGGACGAUGUGAAAGCUGCAUGUGCGGCUUUCGAUGCCACUGUCGUCGACUUCGGCAACUUCCACAAUGAGAACCGCGUGGCGCGAAUGUCGGUGUUCAACCUUUUAUAUGGCCGGGACCAGGACAAUCCUCGAAAGCAAGCUGUGACUACAGUGCCGGCAGACAGCGGUGUAACCGACUUCCGCUGGAUUCAUCUCCCAGCAAAUAACAUGGCCUGGGUUGAGGCACUGCUCACCAAGUCAUUCAUCGAGGAAGGCGCGCAUGACGUCGAAGGCUUCAAGGGUCUCGAGAAAUCCUUCAACUAUCAACAUCGAGGCCAAAAGAUCCACUCGCACUUUAUGCGGCCUUUGUGCCAGAAUACCCCCCGUUCGUUUAAGCGUCGAGAAGAGGAAAAAUCAGAGGAGCAGCAGCAGCAGCAGCAGCCAUCCGAGACUGCGCAGUCAAUCAUGAUGGAUGCAAGCUCUACAUCCCGCAAACAAAAAGGGCCCGGUAGCAAAGUCGAGCGGGUUGAUUCACACUCGCACGAUGAAAGCACCGGGGGUUCGUCGGGGAAAAAAAUAAAAAACAAGAAGGCUGGCAAAUCUGGAAGCAACCCUGGAACACCCAAAUCCGAGGUCAAAAGCAAGUCGCCGUGGGGCCCGAAUGACAAGCAGGCUCGCUCGUCUCCUCUUUCUACAUCGACUCUCUGCCGAGAUCCCCAAGGUGGUCUUCUCUCGGGAUGCAAUGUAUGUGUGUUCAUGCCUUAUCUGCAUUUUGAAACUGCGGAGCGGAGACAGAAAAUGCAAGAAGCAAUCCAGCGUGCUGAGAUGUUGUGCUUUCAACCCAGUGGGAUCAAAAGAGUCCGCACCCGCGAUGAAAUGCUAAUCGAUGCACAUCUGUCGUCUUCCACGACCUCGCUGCAUGUCCGCCGAACAUUAGACCAGUUUUUUUAUCCAAAUAUCGACACCCAGAGUCGAGACCAGGAUCAGGUGGUUUACCGAUACCAGACCAAGGGCCCUGGGCGUGACGGACCGGGCACAGAUCCCAAGAUCUUCAUGGUUGAUCAACUAUGGAUGUGGAUUCUUGGUACCAACCUCAUUGUGACCAGUUUCCCACAGCGAUGGGACCAGCCGAAGAAUGAUCCGCUCAAUGUGUUGGAUGGAAUUAUUGGGGACAUCAACUCUAAGACUCGGGAUCCCGUCAAGUCGGUGUACGACUUGGCAAUUAUUAUCACCAACCGAUGCUCGGGUGUUUUUGACCGCCACCGGCUAGGGGAUGACGAGUAUCAGUUUCUAGAUAUGUUUGAGUCUUCUAUCGGCAUUGCAACUGAUCGAGAGACGCUUCUCUUCAACCGCUUCAACCGUGCAUCUGUGCAAGCGUCUUGCUGGCUGAAGAGUCAUCGCAAACUGAAUCGCUCCUUGCGCAGCUCUGCCCAAUCGGUUUCUGGCCGCGAUGCGGCUGAGCAGGACAACCCAGCCGAUGACGAGGAUCUUUAUCUAGACGAUGGUCAGCCGCUUUUCGUCGACCGUCUUCUAGACAUUGGCGAAGAAACCGAUCUCCUGGCCGAGACUAAAGAUAUUCGAGAUGAGUUGAAUAUGAUUCGCACUGUGCUGGACCACCAGAAACAUGUUUUGGUCGACUUCCAGGAGGUUAUCUGCGAAAUCUUUCAGGGCCAGCACCGUUCCCAAGUCGAAGUUAAGAAACGCUUCAAAGACCAGCAACGCAUGAUUGACAUGCAUCUCAAAGACAUUGACCGCAUGGACAAACAAGCCGAGCGCAUCUACCACUCCAUCACCGACCUGCUCGACCUGAAGCAGAAACAUGCCAACGCCUUUGAGGCCCGCUUCGCUCGUGAUCAGGCAGCAGGUACCACCAGGCAGAGCAAGACCAUCAUGGUCUUCACCAUUGUCACCAUCAUCUUCCUGCCGCUGUCCUUCAUCACGUCGAUUUUUACCAUCAACAUGAAAGAAUUCCAGGACUUGAAUCUCGGAUAUGUUGCCCGAUAUACCUUCGGGGUUGGCUUCGCCAUUUCCAUACCGCUCAUUCUGGUCGCGCUGUCCGUAGACGACAUCAGCGAUUUCUUCCGAAUAGGAACCCUCCGAGGCCGGCUUUGGUUAUCUCGAAAAGAACAACCUGCGCCAGCGGCCGAACGCGGCAAUGGGCCGCUGCCAGCACUUGAGAUUGAGAAAAUUCUUAGUCUGGCACGAACACGGAGAAGCGGGGAGCUAGACUCCGGGCCAAGCUUGCUGCCUGUUUCCAGUCGCGGCACGGCCUCGAGGGGGCCGCCUGAUCUCUAUCCUGCUGGUUUGGGGAAUGGGUUGGUGCGAAAGAGCCACGACGUUCGCCGCAGUGUGGAAUACAGACCUUAUUCAUGA